UUACUCUUCAAUUUAGAAACCAAUGAGUUAUUAGGCAGAACGAAAAUUCCAAAUAGACUCUCCCAAAAUUCAGAAAGAAACGAAGGACUUUUAAUGACCCCAAUUGUUCAAACUGAGGGGAUAUAUUGUGAGCGAGCAAGAGUCUUCAUAGCUGAUGUUAUCGGUUACGGCUUAAUCACAAUAAACCGUCCUUAUGGUUGGCGUUUGGAGGGACCAUAUUUUGCACCAGAUGCAAAACCCAAGUCUGCACAAGUUACAAUUUUAGGGGAUACUUUUACCCUUUCAGAUGGACUUUUCGGCAUGGCACUAACGCCGAAAAUUGGAAAUAAUCCACAAUAUCUUGCAUUUAGGCCUUUUGCUUCACGCAAUUUAUAUGCAGCUACUGUCGAUAAUAUUUUAGCCACAAAUUUUGGCGAAAAAUUACAUUAUUAUAAUUUCACCGAUGUCUUUCCAAGUCAAACAACUGCUCAAGCUUUUAGUUCAGAAGCUACGCUCUUCUUUGGUAUUACCGAGCAGAUUGCUAUUGGUUGCUGGAAUCAGUACAGAAAUUUAGUCCCUGAAAAUAUCAAAAUAGUAGCGCAGGAUGACGAAACUCUCCAAUUUGCGAGUGGAGUCAAGGUAAUUCCAAAGUCUAUAACUGGAACGGAGGAAAAACUUUUGGUGGCCACAAAUCGUUAUCAGAAAAUAGCACUUGGAACUAUGAAUUUCAACGAAAGUAAUUUCAGAAUUUUGACUCAAUCAGUCCAAAAACUGAUUCGUGGAACAAAAUGUGAAGCACCUCGGGCAAUUAAAGAACAAAUUAUGUGUUAAUAAUUACUCUCUACAGAGGCUGCAAAUAAUUAUCAAAAUAUUUUCCGGGACAAAAAGCAAUCAUAAAUAUUCAGAGAACAUUUUAUAUUUUUCAUUACAAAAUAUUUUCUUUCUUCUUUGAUAGUAGUAGAAAUAAUUCGAAAAAAGAAAUUUAAAUAUCUUCUUUCAUGGCGAGAUGCAUACAUGAAAGGUUCAUUAGUAAUUUCAUGGAAUUUCAUUAGAAACUUGUUUAUCUCGAAUAAUAAAACAAACUUAAGUUAAACACGUGUUGUAUUUUUAAAAGGUCAAUCAAUAAAACCAAUUAUAGAUAAUUA